AUGCCAAAGAUCAAUCAUGUCGUCAUCGCGGGCGCUGGGCCCUCAGGCCUGCUGCUCGGCAUCAUGCUAGCUCGCAAUGCCGGCAUCAAAGUCACCAUCGUCGACGCGGACACAAAGAUCAAUGAUAAUCCUCGCGCCGCUCACUAUGCGCCGUCUGCUGUGUAUGACUUCCAUCGCGCCGGAAUCAUUGACGAUGUCCGCAAGGCCGGUUUCACUCCCAGAGGCGUCUGCUGGCGACUUCAGGACACCACUUUCCUUGCGGGCAUGGGUCGCGUACCUGAGAUAUCCAAGUAUGCUAUGGCUGUUCUGCCCUUGGACCAAUUGGGUCCGCUCCUUGUCCGCCAUUUCGAAAGUCUUCCGAACACCGAAAUCAAAUGGGCGCACAAAGUCGUAGAUGUCGAGCAGGACGAGAAAGAGGCUAGAGUGGUCGUCGAGACACCGGAAGGCAAGAAGACAAUAGGAGGCGACUAUGUCGUGGGCGCCGAUGGCGCAUCCAGCGGAGUACGCACCGCGCUCUUUGGAAAGGAAUAUCCAGGAGAGACGCUCGAUAAGCAAAUUGUGGCUACUAAUGUGUAUCUUCCCUUUGAUGAGCGGUUCGGCUACUGGGACUCCAAUUUCAUUGUUCACCCCACCGAUUGGUACAUGGCGGCGAAGAUCACUACCGACGGACUGUGGAGAGUCACCUACGGUGACGACGCCGGCCUUUCGCGCGAGGAGAUCGUCAAGCGUCAACCAGCGCGGUACGAAUCCAUCCUACCAGGCAACCCUAAGCCAGGCGACUACAAGCUCAUCAGUAUGAGCCCUUACAAGCUACAACAAAGAUGUGCUCCCAGCUUCCGAGUGGGCAAAAUUCUCCUUGUAGCAGAUGCAGCCCACUUGUGCAAUCCAUUUGGUGGUCUGGGCCUGACUGGCGGAUUCGCGGACGUAGGCUCACUCUACGAUUGCUUCAUCGGCAUUCACGAGGACCAAUUGGACGAAGAUAUCUUGGACAAGUACAGCGAGGUCCGCAUCAAGAUCUGGAGAGACAUGAUUGACCCAAUGUCGCGCGCAAACUUCCAUCGCCUCUGGGACGACAACUACAAAGAAGAUCGGGAGAAGUUCUUCGCCAUGUGCGAACAGGCUACAAACGAUCCCGUCUUUGGUAAAUCGGUUGCUGAAUCGGUUCACGCAAUUCGGCAUGACUUCACGCAGUACUAUAAGAAUAAGUCUGCUACUUCGACAAACGAUACUGCAUCGGCAACGGCAUAG